CUUUUGAAGUGCUCUUGAGAUUAAAGUGACAACGGUACUUUGUCAUUUGAACACGUUGCUUACUUGUAUUUUGAACACAUUAUAGCAAAUUUCCAGAAGUUGCAGAUACUUCAAAAUCAGAUAGUUUAAAUUUUAAACUGUUGAUUGCUUAGAAGUCAAUAAUUAUGAUGAGUUUCGGUCCGAUAAAGAUUUUGUCAGCUGUCGUUCUGAUGAGCUUUUGCUGCCACGAAAGCACUAUGACUUCGUUAGAAGGGAAGGUUGAAGCAAAGCCGCAAUGUACUGAAGAAUGCCUCCGCGGAUUUGAGAGAGUAGAGGGUCUGGACCAUUGUUACAAGAUGCUGAUUGAUCUUGGCCCGGUGAGUCAAGACAAGGCAGUAACUGCGUGUGGGUACGAGGGAGGGGCAACACUAGUCACUUUCGACAAUGUGGGCGAUGAUCAAAGGCUGCGGGAACAUUUCUGGGUGAAGUUCCACAACAAUAUCCGUUCAAGCCCGGCGUACCUGGAGCACAGUGGUUUUUGGACUGGCUACGUACGCUUCUUUGGCAAUGUCUCCAACACCUACGUGAACAUGUACUCAGGGGACCCCAUUGAUCCGAGCUUGUUCGAACCUAAACAGCCAGAUGAUCGAAUUGUGGGUUCGAGAGGAGGAGAGGCUUGUGUGUGUAGGAAGGACUACGGCGAGAAGGACUUCAACUGGAAUCAUGUUCAUGGCCUGGAUGACUACACAUGUGCCUUCCCCAACUGGGUUGUUUGCAUGCAGCGCAAUGUUUACAUGCUAAACAGGAAAGCGUGGAACUCUGCUUUGAUGUAUGGGGUGAACUUGCCGGAAGACGGGACCUGUCAGCUGGACUGGGAGAGACAGAACUUCUACCAGCUGCAGAUGAUGAAGGACAAGCGACUGGAAAUGGGAUACCCGGGAGCACAAGAACACGCCGAUCUCUACAUGAAAAUUCUCAACGACGGCGCAAUACAAUCACCGACAUGCCCUCAGUGAGAGCAUGAGUCUCAGAUAUCAACUCCGAAUCUAUUUUGAAUGUAAAUCUUGCUUCUAAUUAUUCUGCAAUCAACAAUGAACUAUUAUUCAAAAGAUGAUAUAUCACUCAUCAUUACUUAAUGGGCUACCACUUGAAAAUGUAGUAAUUGUUGAAUGAAGGGUCUUUAAAAUGAUUUUGUUCCGGACACAACAAAGAGUGUGAAGGAACUAUGGUAGGCACAGGGUGGUG